CACGGAGUGAGUCGGCCAGUCACCCCAGCUGCAGUCUGCCAGCGUCCUGUGUGGGGCUGUCAGGCCAAUCGCUGAACAGCUCCCACCAUCUCCUCUCCGCCGCACCACUGCCCUUGCCGCCCUCUCUGCCAGUGGUCGUCAUCUGCUGCAGCUCGUCCUGCGCCGCCGCCAGCCAUGUGUCCACCACAUUCUCUGAACCGUACCACGAGUCGGGAACGUUAAUGCUGUGGUACACACCCGACAUUGUCACGCAACGAGAGCCGUCCAGAUAGGCCGACCGCAGCGGCACCACCCCAUCGCCGCGAACGCCGUCCCCACUGCCGCACACCACCUCAUAUGACUGGAAAGCGAACCGCUCCAGUGUGCCCCUAUCGGCCUGGACGUCGCCCGUCACCGCAUCCCCGACCACAGAGACGUAGAAGAUCCCUUUCUCCUUGUGAAAGGUCCCAGGGUACUCGCGGCAAACAUAGGUCAGCACACCCCUCGUCAUGUCCAGUGCGGGCGGAGGAGGCGGGUAGUGCGGCGAGCCCAAUGAGAUGACGCCUUGGACGAUGUCUUGGGUGUACUCGACUGUCGACUCGCCAGUCUCCUCAUCCGUCUCGUUGCGCCAUGUGCCGUCCCCCAUGACCGCCCGAGCGAGCCACCCACCGGCACUAUGGCCCACGAGCACCACCUUCGGCGGAAGAGCUCCCCCCGGCCAAUCCCUCCGCCGAACUCGGUCGACAGUGGUGCGGACGCGGUCAAGAUACCAUCGAAAGCCUGGGCCGUCGGGUCUGCACUCACCCGUCCAAAACCGUCUCGUAAGAAAGUCCCUUGCGACCGAAAGCCACUCUCGCCUGGCGAUGGGCACGACAUAGACAUUGUAGCCCCGGCGCUCGAGAGCCGCCUUCAAAGAGGUAUCCUCGCCCAUCUUCAUGGGAUUGGUAUAGUCCAAAGCGUCAUUGCCAAAGCCUGCACACAUCGCACAUCACAUGGACAUACAGACAGGACGCGCUUGUCCAUGUGUCUGCGCUGGUGCAUAGGAUGGUGUGCCUUUUGCACCUGGCAGUAUGACAAUGGGAUGCUGCUUGAGCGAUGGUCCUGCUGCAGCCAGUGAAGGCUGAAACAGCUGCUUGAAACCAAGACGCGUUUGUUGCGCCUGUUGCCGCUUUGAGAGCACAGAGAGGGGCGAGGGGGAGGAAGGGUGGAAAGCAACAGACCCUGCAGACAGACAGACAGACAGAUCAGACACACACAUGCCGCCACAGACCACGCCUGCGUUUUGUCCUGUCAACGUCUGUGCGUACUUGUUAAUGAGUGGAGCGCUGCGGCGCUGCAUAGAUCUCCCCAUGCGAUGAGCUCCACCAGCGGCAGCAGCAGCAGUAGACUUCUCGCGCGGCUUCUCGCUCGCUGUGGUCGCGAACUUGACUCAGGCAUAGGUUCGAAUGGAGGAUCCGAAUCCUGACGCAUUGAUGAUCGUCGCCCUUCUCAGGCUUUCUGAUGAGGCUGUACUUCUGAG